AGCCUGACCAGUGUGCUACAGAGGGUGGCGAUGGAGGUACACUGAGACACACAUUGUGUGUGAAUGCAGCCGUCAGCUGAUGUGUUAAUGCGGUCCAUUCAGGAAGACAGCCCGUCCCCCACGGCCAAGACCUCCCGCGCUCCAAGUCAAAGGCUCCCAUCCAGGUCUUUCGCCAAAGGCACGAGCUCACACAGGGUCGGGUUUGCCAGCAGGAGUGGAACCAAGGUACGUAUGUCGGCCACCACUAUGUCUCGCCUGUGAGACAGAAGCCUCUGUGCGUGUGAUGGCCCUCUCUGCGUGCAGGAUGUGAGCCCGCCCACGUCUCCGACCGCCCAUGAGAAGAGUCUGGCGGAGCGACUGCGCGAAACCAUGCGUAAGGACAGCUCGAAGGACGGGGCGAGGGAGACCUUCAGCAGCAGGAGGAGCAUCGUCAUCACCGAUGAGGGCGAGGUGGUGCCGGCGGCAGUCACCCCAUCCAAUGUGAGGGCCAUAUCCGCGUGGGCCAACAUCCGGACGCAGUUCAGGGCAGCCAAGAUCGCUCAGGGCGCGACGAACCUUGUGGCUGACAUCCUAUCGUCAUCAAGACGGAGAGGUGGGGCGACAGACAGACAGACAGACAGACAGACAGAGAGGCAUUGGAUUGUGGUGCGUCACUGCGUGUAGCUGAAGUUGCCCCCGAGUCUCGGCGUGCUGCUGACCCGCUGCAGGAGCAGCUGCAGCAGCUCGACGGAUUCGUCAAAGAGCUCGAGAUAGAGCUGCAAAACAAGGUAAGGAGGAGACACGAGUGUCUCCCGGUCGCCCACAGACGGAUGUGUACCAUACCAAACACGUGUGUGCGUAUGUCAGGAGGAGGAGAUAGUGACCCUCAACGCCCAGCUGGUCUGCAUUGCAUACGCAGCACAUACAUCAUGUCUGUCCAUCCCUGUGUGUCAUCCAUACAUGUGAUUUAUGUAUCAGAUGGAGGCCAAACGUCGAGAGCGCUUAUCGCUGGAAAUGAAACAGCAAUGGGUGAGUGGCUGGCUGGAUACCAGCAGCACGGCAUCCACGCCACCAACCUCCAUCACUCUCUCUCCGUGUGUCCCGUGCUUGCUUUCAGGCGCCGCCGCAAUCGAAUAUCGCAAAGGAGUAUGACGACAUGGUGGAGGAGCUGCACCACCUGGAGGAGCAGUUCAAGCAGCUUCAGUCGGCUCACGACCGCAUACGAGUGGAUCACAACGAUGCCACAGAGGAGAACAGGGAACUCACCAAGCAACUCGAAGACGCACAGAUGGUAUGUAUGUGUGUGUGUACAUGUAUGCACGGCGGCAGGAGAGAGAGAGUGCACGCGUGCCUACCUUCGUGUGUGUGUUUCCAUUGGAUGUGUGCAGGAAUUGAGGAGUCUGAGGAAGUCAGAGGGCGACCUUCGCAAGUCGACGGCUGACCUCAAAAAGGAACUGUCAACCAUGAAAGUCAGCACACACGAAAAGUGAGAGGGGCAAUGCGUGCAGCUGCUCUUGCGUCUCUCACUUACACGCAGAAAAAGAGCGCAUUGAGUCAGGCGAUCAAGCUGGGAUUCACGCAGACAGCCACUGAGAAGGCUGCUGUGAAGGAGGAGGCAUUUCAGGAGGAGAAAACCGCACUCGAGAAGGAACUGUAAGGGCCAUCCCAGUAGUGACUGAUUGAUGUGAUGGUGUGUGUAUGGCACGGCUGCAGGGAGGAGAAGCGGCAAGAUGCUGCGCGUCUGCAGGCUUCAAGUGACCAGUGGGAGAAUCGAUGCGCAAUACUCGAGGAGUACAGCAAGAGAAUGGAGAUGGAAAAGGUGAGACUGACGUGGAUAGCUGACGCAGAACAGGAAUGUCGACACCGGUCUCUCUUCCUGUCCUCUCUGUUUCUGUUGGGUUGUCUGUGUCUGUGUCUUGGGCUGUCUGCAACUAUUCAGCGUGAGUUGCAGGACCUGCUCGACGAGUAUCGUCGCUCCAAAGGAUCCAUCACAGGCACACCAGCACACGCCCCCCAACGCUAUAGCGAGGGAGCACAAAGUGCCGCCUCCGGCACGAUGGCCGCCAGAGGUCAGACCCAGACACACACGGACCAUUCCUUGAACCAUUCCUUGAACUGCUGAUGCCUCCCUGCCUCGACUGGAUGCAGACUCGGACGCCGGUUCUCCCAUGGCGCAAAUGGAGCCUAUGGAGCCCGCGAAGGGGCCGAAACGCAAGGCGACUCUCGCACAGGAGCUGGCGCAGAGCCUGCGUGAGUUCCAGGCUCAGCACGGAUACGGCGAGGGAGACAGCGACGAGGAGGAGGAAGAGGAAAUGAGCGAGGAGGAAAGUGAAGAGAUGUCACCUGUCGGCGGAGGCAGGUUCGAGCUAGAGAUACUCAGGUCACGCACAGUGGAGCUGGAGAAGGAGAAUGGCGGGCUGCGCGUGGAGAUCAAAAAGCUCGGCAAACAACUCAGGACACUCAAGGUAAGUAGCUGAGAGACACAACCCACUUGCAUACAGACAGGUCUUCUAUCAUGUGUGACGGGUGUCAGACUGUGGUCUUCCCUGCCGAGGCGGGCAUGACGCAGCUGCGCCGUCGCCACUCGGCUGUCGGUUUGGGCGAGGGAGAGCCCCGGCCAUCGGACAGAUCCCCGAGGGCUGCCAAGGCGGAACCGUCCAAGCGCUUGAGGUUCGACGUUCAGGUGAUGGAAGAGGAGGAGGAAAUCGACGUGUUUGACAUCACGCUCCCGCCGAGGAGCUGGAGCGCGCCGGGGAUGAUCCGGCUGCCUGAGAAGGAGAGGGUGUCGGAUCCAGAGAGGCUCGAGGUCAAGGUGGAGCCGAGCGCCCCUCCGGCACCAGCGUAUGUGCUCACGAACGUGACACACGUGUAUCUGACCAUUACAUGUCUCACGCAUCUCCCUUUCUGUCUCAGGGUGCCUGUACCCGUCCUCCAGCUGCAAGCAUUGCGCAAGCCCGUUGUCGCAGAGGGCACACAGACCUGGCGGGAGAUGCAGAAAGAGGCUGCCAUGCAGACGGAGAAAGAGGAGACACCACCCCCACCACCCCCACCUCCUCUCCCCGUUCAUGUGCCGCCACCCGGUGAGCCGCCUGUGCCUCUGCCGCCGGUGGAUACUGGUGAUGAGGAGACGCUCAAGGCGCUGCAGGAGAUGAGGGGGGAUGUGGGAAGGCUGCGCGAGCACGUCAAGACCAUCACCGAUCUGCAACAGAAGCUCAAGGACAAGCUACGAUACAGGUACAGGAGAAGGCUAGCAAGUGAACCGGGGACACGGGUGUCUCUCUACACAUGGUGUCCUAUGUGCUGUGCAGGUCAUCUCCGCAUCUUCCAAAGGCGCCUGCGCCCCGCCCCGUGGAGCUGGACAACAAUCUCUUAAGACAGAUGUCGCAUCCGUCCCUCCGCCCCAUCCACAUCGUACACCGACACAGCUACCACUUCCUCGCCCCGCCUGUCCUCUCACCCCGCAUGCAUCCCCCCCUCAUCCAGCGUUCUCUCUCUCCCCCCACCGCCAAUCCCUUUGCUCGCUCGACGUCGGUGCCGCAGCAGACGCUUCCACCCUUCCUGUCUCGGUUGCCUGUCUCACCCGGUGUCACCAGCCAGCUUCUGGCGCCAGUCACGUUGGACCUGUCGGGUCCGAUCCAUGGCCCUUCACUACCGCAUCGCACUCGUCCGCCCGUCCACCCGUUCCUCAGCCCCCGCGGACCCCCCUCGACCUCUCUGUACCAGUCGCCCGUGCCAGUGAUCAGCCCGCUGCGUCUCGACAGGAUGCCUGGCCGCCAUGGUCCACCCAUGGUCAUGAGCGCCAGGCCGGCCGAGACACGCCCGCUCGUCAUGGUGGCGGGCAGGCCACUCAGCCCACAUGUGGAUGACAGAGAUAUCCGGGGCAAGCAGGAAAGGCCGUCAUGCUGCCGCCAAGGGCCCCCACCGCCUCCAAGACAACACAGGGAGAGGAGGAGGCUGAGAUCGUCAUUGGGUGAGGCCGGGCAGCCCUCGCAGCAGCAGGAGAACAAGAGGAGGAAUAUUGGGCCGAAGAGGGGGGGCAAAGACAGGGCAGGGGAGACAGGCAAGGUGAGGAGGGCUGCAGGUGACCAAGGUUUGUGCUGUACGUGAACUAUAGCUGCAUCGGUACACGCUGAAUGGGUGGAUGUGCGG